UAAUUCUCUUACGCUGUAAACAAAAAAUUCUCGAUCUAGAAGUGAUUUUGCAGCCAAACAAGUUCUAACUUCUCACCGAUGGCACGAACCAAGCAAACUGCACGCAAAUCCACCGGAGGCAAGGCUCCGAGGAAGCAACUGGCCACCAAGGCAGCCAGAAAAUCAGCUCCGGCAACGGGCGGCGUGAAGAAGCCUCACCGCUUCAGGCCGGGAACCGUGGCGCUCAGAGAAAUCAGAAAGUACCAAAAGAGUACCGAAUUGUUGAUCAGAAAGCUUCCGUUCCAGCGUUUAGUGCGUGAAAUCGCUCAGGACUUCAAAACGGAUCUCCGUUUCCAGAGCAGCGCGGUUUCUGCUUUGCAGGAAGCCGCAGAGGCUUAUCUUGUUGGACUCUUCGAAGACACAAACCUUUGCGCCAUUCACGCCAAGCGCGUCACUAUUAUGCCCAAGGACAUCCAACUCGCUCACAGAAUCAGGGGCGAGAGAGCUUGAGCUUUCAUAAUUCUCUAUUCCAGCUAGGAUUCUUUAGACUGCCUUUAAUUUCUCUCUUAUUCUAAUUCACUGGUUCAGUUGUUUGAACUGUUGUGUAUCGUUCCAAUGUAGAUGAGAAAAAAAUGAAGUGUUUUCUAGUUGAAA